CGUUACUAUAAAUUCAAAAACAAACGCGUACGCGACUUUUAAGCAUAUUCGUUUUCAUUCUUUUGGUUUUUGAUAUUAGAAACAAUGGUCAAGGUGUGUCUAUUUGUUACCGGUGGAUCGGAUGAAAUUGAGACGGCCUCUUGCUACGGUGUGUUUACGCGUGCCAAAACACCCAUUGACACCGUGUAUGUUUGUGAAGAAAACAAGGAACGUCUUGUGAACAUGUUGUGUGGCAUUCGGCUUUAUGCAGACCGUAGCUUGUCUGAGUUUCAGUCUGCAGAAGACUUCAUGAAAGAAUACGACGUUGUCAUCAUUCCCGGCGGUUGGGGAGGAUCUUUGGAGCGGUCUAUCCCAGGAACCAAGAUGGUUCAGGAAAUUGUUAGAGGAAUGUAUAAAAAACCAGGCAAAUGGGUUGCUAUGAUUUGUGCUGGUUCAAUGGGAGUGAUGACAAGCGGGCUUGAUCCGAAGACGUUGGAGCUGACGAGUCAUGCUUGCGUUAUUGACGUUCUUCGCAAUGCUGGUUACAAUUGGGUGGAUGAGCCUGUCGUGGUGUCAAACAACCUCAUCACCGCUCAAGGACCUGGCACUUCCAUGCUGUUCGCUCUCAAAAUUGCGGAGCAAGUUUUGGAUAAAGAAACGUAUCAACAAGUGUAUGCGUCUUUGGAGAUGCCUCAACGUAAUUAAACUGUUAGGCAGAGUCACGAUGGCCUUUUUUUCAAAAAAUGUUUUUUGAUACGUGCUUUAGCAUAUUAAUAGAGAAAUGGAAAUGAUCCAUAUGAACGCGAUUGUCGUUAUUUGGGAUGUAGCUAGUGUUCGUG